AUGGAUGCGAGAAAACCGGAUGAAGAUGGAUUACAAGUUCAGGGUUCUUGGAUUCCAACAACCCCAGUUAAGCCCCAUCUACCGAGACCCACACCGAUCUACACAGAUGGACAAGGAAACCAGAUUGAGAGAGCAACUUGGUUGGGAUCAGAGACAUUUUCUAGUUUUACAGAAGGCUCUCAAACAGGUAGGUUAGUUGCAUGUUGCAAUUCACCCAACUGCAGUGAAUUCAACAGGACUAGUAUUAACAACUGGAACGAAGAAACAUGCGAAGAGUCCCACAUGGACAGAUGGAAUUACAUACCUUUCGGCCAUCUCUUGGCCCUCGCAGAUGCCGCUUCGGCGGCCUCCGGUACUGUGGCACACCUGCAAAAUGAUGAUGUGGCAACCAGCUCUUUAAUGCGUGCUACAAGUUGUCAGAAUGAAUGUAACGGUGAAGCUUACCUGUGGAGUAAUGUCAACUGCAUGCCGAAAGAGCCUCACUAUGAAGUUCAUACUCAUAGGCAGUACUAUGAUCUCAAUUUGCCACCAGAGACAAUGUCUAAUGCAAAUUCGUGUAAUAAGAUUUCGAAGUUUGCACCCAUAACACCGGAGAAGGACAUGAGAGUACAGAACAAACUGAUUUCCGAAGAACAAAAUUUAUGUGCAGAUGGAACAAAAAUUGAGGAAAGAGAGAAGUUGGAGAAUGAAAUUGUCACAGCAAGAGUUGGCACCAAUGAGUUCCAACACAAUAAAGAACUCUUAAAGCCUGUCACAGAUUCAUCAGUUGCUGCCAUUUCCACUCCAUUUAAGGAGGAUCACAAUCCUGACAAGGGAGGCAGCCAUGGUAUCGACCCGAGUAAAACACCACAGGAGAAACCAAGGCGAAAAAAGCACCGGCCCAAGGUGAUCAAAGAAGGGAAACUGAAAAGAACUCCAAAGCCAGUGACCCCAAAAGCAACAACAGGCAAGAGAAAGUAUGUACGAAGAAAAGGAAUCAGCGAACAAUCUACAACUCCAGCAGAAGUAACUGGAGAAUCUACUGAUCUGAAGACACUUGAGCCUGCCAGAAAGUCCUGCAGAAGGGCUUUGAAAUUUGACAUUGAACAAUCACAAGAUGAAAGCUCUACAUUCAAAUGUUCUAUUAAUUUAGAUUCAGAACUACAGGCCAAAGAUUAUUGCAAUGAAGGAGUUCAAUUAAGAUCACCUGUACAGAUCAGUGAAGGGAUUGAAGUGAUGGUAGAACGCACAGAAGCUGGAAUUGCCUAUGACCUCACUUGUUCCAUGGAUCAAAUGCUGAAAGAAUACAUAUCGCUGCCUGAAAGGCAAGCCCCAAGCACUUCACUUCCUACACAGACUAGUCCCCCGCAGGUAGAGUUGAAUGCCAAUUCCCAAAAGGAUAGCGAUAAAGAAAGGGAAUGCCAACUGCUUGCUCAUGAUGGACAGGAACACAUUGUGAUUUUGUCCAAGGAAGAACAAGCUAGGCAAUCCAAAAGAAGCUAUUCUCAUGCUGCCAAAUUUGAUGAUGCCAGCGUGCCAAAUCUAGUCGGGGCUCACUUGAACACUUUAGACGCAUACCAGAUCAUGAAUUGGAUGCAUUUUCCAAAUAUUUACAAGAAAAAGAGAACUGAAAAGGGUCAGAAUUCUGCUACAUCUUGUUCAUCGUCUUGUGUGACUGCCACUAAAGAUGUGAGGCCGGCAAACUGUCUCCAACGUGAAGCUGAAGUAUAUCAUUGCUCAACAAAAGGCAACACUUGGGCUUCUUGUCCUCAGUUUGAGGUGGGUACAGUUUCCCCCAGUUUUGAAGAAGGAAUAGGUAAUCAGCAAAGUUUUCAGCAUUUCCUGGCUUUCAUUCAGACAGAGAGGUCAACAAGAAAAAGGUCUAGAGGCCGCCCUACUCGGGUUCGCAACCUGACUGCCCUUACCAAAGUUCCAGAGUGCAUAACUCACCUCACCAAACAACCUCUAGGGGAUGGUGAUGGGCAAACAGUUGAGAAUCCACACAAACCUCAUACAUCCAUUGACAACCUGGUUGAAAAGAUGAGUGCAACACCGGCAAAAAGGAAGCGAAGCAAGAAGAGAAACUCGCUGGUUAUUUCAGCAACUUCCAGUAUGAAUGAAAUGCAACUGGACAACAAGCUUGUCUUGUAUAAUUGCCACCCAUCCUCUUCAGAUCCAUUAGGUGCUUCUCAUGAAGUAACAUGGAAGCAGAAUAUUUCUAUUGAUGCAAGGGUCGAGCAAUUUAAAAAUCUGAGCAUCAACGGGGAAAGCAGAAAACUUGUACAACAGCAUAAUGCAGUCAAUAUGCAAUACCAAGAUCACAGUGCACUCGUCCUCUACAAAAGAGAUGGUACAGUUGUACCCUAUGAAGGUUGGUUUGCUCCUAUAAAGAAACGGCGUCCACGGCCUAAAGUUGACCUUGAUGAAGAGACUAAUAGGGUAUGGACGCUUUUGAUGGGGAACAUAAACAGUGAAGGGAUUGAUGGUACGGAUGAAGGAAAGGCAAAAUGGUGGGAAGAAGAACGGAGAGUAUUCCGUGGACGUGCAGACUCUUUUAUAGCACGCAUGCAUCUUGUACAAGGAGAUAGACGUUUCUCACAAUGGAAAGGCUCAGUUGUGGACUCGGUUAUUGGAGUUUUUCUUACUCAGAAUGUCUCUGACCAUCUUUCUAGUUCUGCAUUCAUGUCACUCGCUGCACGCUUCCCACUCAAUUCAAAGAGCAACCAUGAAGCAUGCUACGAAGAGGGGGUGAGCUUCAUAGUCAGCGAACCAGAAGUGUGCUUACUGGAUACAGAAGACAGCAUACAAUGGAAAACAGUUUGUGACCAGAGUUCCAUGACGCUCUAUGACCCUGAAAGUUGUGAAGAAAAAGAAGUUGUCAACAGCAAUGACUCCCCUGGAGGCAGUAUAGGGGAUCCAGUUUCGUCUCAAAAUUCUGUCUUUUCAUCUCAAAACUCUUCACAUGUUCAAACUGCUGAAAAAAUUGGAUCAUGCCUAGAGAGCAACUCGGAAGCAGACCAUAUGUUAAAUAGGUCUGAGCCCAACAGUUCAGAUGGCUCUGCUACUAUUGUGGAUCUUGGACAUAUGGCUGGAUCUACAAUGCUAAACGAAAUAAAUGGAAGUAGAAAUGCAUCAUCCAUUGAGAACUCGAAGGAUGAAUGUUACCAAUUCAAAGGUAUGAAUCAUGAAAACCAUAGACAAAAUGCGGUCAAAUUAAAUGAUCCUCAAAGCUUCUUAGGAGCAUCCAUGGACCCUUCCAGUAGUUAUCAUUUGCAUCCAACCCCCACCUCAAGAAUACUGGAAGUUCAGUACUCUGAGAUCUUAAGAGAAGAAACACAAUUUUCUGGCGUUUCCAAUAAUAAAGAUGAAAACAGUAUCAAAGAAAAAAGUGCACAAACAAUAGAAUCUUCAACUCAAGCUGCUUUUCAAACUGAGCUGGUCAUGAAUGUUGAAAAAGCCCCAAGAUCUCCGAGUGAAUCAUGCAACAAUGUUGAAGGAAAUGAAAAUGUGAUCAUUUCAUCUCAAAGCCCAGCUCUUGGGGACCCUAAAAUUGUUGGACCACUAGCUCAGGGGCAAAACACUGAAAUUCAGCAAGACUUGCCAAAUCUUUCUGAAGAAACCUUGGAUGGUACACAGAAGGCAUCUGUUUCGGAUCUGAAUGCUUGUGGUAAUCUAUUCAGUAAUGAGAUGAGUGAGAUGAAAACUGCUACUGUAAAAGCAAAGAGUAAAAAAGCUCAAAAGGAGAAAAAAGAUGAGUUUAACUGGGACAGUCUCAGAAAACAGGCGGAAGCGGAUGGAAAGAAAAGAGAGAGAAGAGCAAACACAAUGGACUCACUGGACUGGGAAGCUGUAAGAUCUGCUGGCGUUCAUGAGAUUGCCGACGCCAUCAAAGAACGAGGGAUGAACAAUGUGCUGGCAGGGCGUAUCCAGGAUUUCCUUAACCGUCUGGUUAGGGAACAUGGGAGCAUUGAUCUUGAAUGGUUGAGAGAUGUUCCACCUGACCAAGUAAAAGAAUAUCUACUAAGCAUAAGGGGAUUGGGGUUGAAAAGUGUGGAGUGUGUGCGGCUUUUGACACUUCACCAUCUUGCUUUCCCAGUGGACACAAAUGUCGGACGUAUAGCUGUAAGACUUGGAUGGGUGCCGCUUCAGCCACUGCCUGAGUCACUUCAGUUGCAUCUCCUAGAACUGUACCCGGUGUUAGAAUCCAUUCAAAAAUAUCUCUGGCCCCGAUUGUGCAAGCUCGACCAAAGAACAUUGUAUGAACUUCAUUACCAGAUGAUUACAUUUGGAAAGGUCUUCUGUACAAAAAGCAAACCAAAUUGCAAUUCAUGCCCAAUGAGGGGAGAGUGUAGACACUUUGCAAGUGCUUUUGCAAGUGCAAGGCUUGCCCUGCCAGGGCCAGAGGAGAAAAGUAUAGUGACGGCAGCUGUAUACAGACCAGCUGAAAACCCUGAUGUGAUCAUUGAUCAGCUGGCUCUACCUUUCCCUCAAGCGGCCAACCAAUCAGAAGGAAAAUCUGGAGUCACUAAUUGUGAACCUAUUAUUGAAGAGCCAGCAACACCAGAGCCAGAAUGCACACAAGCAGAAAACGACAUUGAGGACACUUUCUAUGAGGAUCCCAAUGGAAUUCCUACAAUCAAACUGAACAUUGAAGAGUUCACUCAGAACUUACAGAAUUAUAUGCAAAAUAGCAUGGAACUACAAGAAGUUGACAUGUCAAAUGCAUUAGUUGCUCUAACUCCAGAAGCAGCAUCAAUUCCAAUGCCCAAGCUUAAGAAUGUGAGUCGAUUGCGAACAGAGCACCAAGUCUACGAACUUCCAGAUUCACACCCUCUUCUGGAAGGGUUAGAUAAACGAGAACCCGAUGACCCGUGCUCAUACCUUCUUGCUAUAUGGACACCAGGUGAGACAGCAAAUUCCAUCCAAGCACCUGAAAAAAGGUGCAGCUCCCAAGAAUAUGGCGGAUUGUGUGACGACAAAGAAUGCUUCUCGUGCAACAGUAUACGGGAAGCAAAUUCCCAGACAGUCCGAGGGACGCUUUUGAUACCAUGUCGAACAGCAAUGAGGGGGAGCUUUCCACUCAAUGGCACCUACUUUCAAGUUAAUGAGGUAUUUGCGGACCAUAAUUCAAGCCUUAACCCAAUUGAUGUUCCUAGAGAUUGGAUAUGGAACCUGAGAAGGAGAACUGUGUACUUUGGAACCUCCAUACCAACCAUAUUUAAAGGAUUGUCAACAGAAGGUAUUCAACACUGCUUUUGGAGAGGAUAUGUUUGUGUGAGAGGAUUUGACCAAAAAACACGGGCACCCCGUCCUCUAAUGGCCAGGCUGCACCUUCCGGCUAGCAGGUUGACCACGACAAAAGGUAAGACAGAUGGUAAGUAGAUACAUGACUGAUAUCAGUUCCAGAAAUCGAGCACCUCUAGAGAGCAACAAGAGAGAAUUUAGUGGCUCAGAAUCGAACAAUUUUGACUUGGUUUAUGGAAAACAGUGAAUAUCCAGAAAAGUUGUAUGAUCUCAUGAUGAGGUGGGCCAUGUAUCAAUUAGUGAUUAACAAGCUUGUAAUUACCUAAUGUCUUGCUCAAUCUCGAGCCAUUCUUCUAGAAUCAGCAAACGUGACCAAAACGUGUCAUACUGUGUACUAAACAGGAACUUUUUUCUCCUACAAAACACUCGGAAUGUGAGUUGGACGACUAA